AUGGCACCCACUAUAGCCGUCAUUGGUCUUGCAUGCCGCCUCCCAGAUGAGGUUUCCUGCCCCGAAGAUCUUUGGCAGCAGCUCUUAGCGCAAAAAGACACCAGAUCACUUCCCACUGGUAGAUGGAAUGCAGAUGCUUUCCAUCACCAUGGAUCUAACAAACCCCAGACCAUUGCGGCUAGGGAAGCUCAUUUCCUGAAGAGGGAUAUACGGGCAUUUGACGCGGCUUUUUUCAACAUCAAUGCGGCAGAGGCAUUAGCGUUAGAUCCGCAGCAGCGGUUGGUUUUAGAGUUGAUAUACGAAGCCCUCGAGAGUUCGGGGCUGACCCUCGAUACCGUUUCCGGUACCAAGACGGGCUGCUAUAUCGGGUCGUCCUCAUCCGAUUAUCGAGACUCUAUUGCUCGGGAUACCGAAGUCUCACCACGCUACACCGUCCUCGGAAUCAAUACCGAAAUGCUUUCCAACCGCGCCUCAUGGUUUUAUAAUCUCAAGGGGCCCAGUUUGACAGUCGCUACGGCCUGCUCCUCUAGUCUCGUUGCUAUACAUAUGGCAUGCCAAAGCUUGCUGUCGGGAGAAAGCGAUAUGGCCAUCGCCGGCGGAGUGAAUCUCAUGCUAAACCCGGACUUUCCGACGUACUAUACCAACAUGACAAUGUUGUCGCCAGAUGGUCGCUGCAAAUCGUUCGACGCAUCGGGGGAUGGAUACGGACGCGGGGAAGGCUGUGGUAUAGUCUUGCUCAAGCGUUUGGACGACGCUAUCAGGGAUAAUGCCCCUAUUCGCGCGGUAAUCCGCGGAUCGGGUGUUAAUUCUGAUGGCUAUACGCAGGGAUUUACUAUGCCCAGCUCUGAAAGCCAGGCAGAUUUGAUAAGGGAGGUAUACGCCAAGGCAGGCCUGGAUAUGAGCGAUACCCAAUUCGUCGAAUGCCAUGGCACAGGAACCAAAGCUGGUGAUCCCAUCGAGACCAAAGCAAUAUACGAGACCCUUGGCCAAAAGGCGAAGAGGUCGCAACCACUGGUUAUUGGCAGCGUAAAACCCAAUAUUGGACACUUAGAGGGGGCUUCUGGUGUAGCAUCACUGGUUAAGUCAAUACUCGCCCUGGAGAAAGGAUACAUCCCGCCACAAAUGUUCUUCCGCACCCCAAACCCCAAGAUCCCACUCCAAGAAUGGAAUCUUCACGUCCCGACAGCCCUAAUGCCUUGGCCGCCAACCAGAGGACCGAGACGGGUAAGCAUCAACAACUUUGGCGUCGGCGGGACCAAUUCACAUCUCGUGAUCGAGAGCGCCCCUGAGCCACGGUCCGUGACGGUCGGCCCGUCAGCAGAGAAAAAACGACUCUUUGUGCUCAGCAGCAGAGACCGCGACGGCCUGGUGCGCGUUGCGCGGUCCAUGGCCGAGCACAUGGAAAAGACUGGCGACGGUUCCGCCGCCUACGCCGCCAACCUUGCCUACACCCUAGGGAACAAGCGGACGCGUUUCCAGUGGAAGAAGUUCUGCGUCGCCGAGGACUUGGCCGACCUGCGCACGCGCCUGCUCGCGCUGACGAGCGAAGACGCGACCAGGUCCAACGCUGCCCCGAGGGUAGGCUUUAUUUUCACGGGGCAGGGUGCGCAGUGGCCCUUGAUGGGUUUGAAACUUAUGGAAUUUGCUGUCUUCAAGUCUAGUUUCCAAAAGUGUCAAGUUUACUUGAAGGAAUUGGGUUGCCCCUGGAACGCAGCCGAAGAGCUCGCAAAGCCCGCCGAAUCCAGCCGGAUUAAAUCUCCAGAACUAAGCCAGCCUCUAUGCACUAUACUUCAAAUCGGUAUAGUCGACCUGUUGGCUACCUGGGGCGUCUCGCCAUCCAAGGUGGUAGGUCACUCGAGUGGCGAAAUCGCAGCGGCAUACAGUGCAGGGUUUAUAACUGCCAAAGAGGCUGUUCAGGUGGCUUACCUCCGCGGCAAGUUUUGUGAUGCCAUGGCAGCUGCGUCUCAGGAGCCCAGAGGAGGAAUGAUUGCCGUCGGUUGUUCUCCUGAAAGGGCAGAGGAGCUCAUUUCCGAAUCGACAGCCGGUUAUUUAACUAUUGCUUGUAUCAACUCACCAUCAGGUGUAACCAUCUCAGGUGAUAUGGCGGCCAUCGAACAGUUAUACGACCGCCUGAAAGGCACUUCGGUCUUCGCCGCCAAGUUGAAAGUCGACAUGGCGUACCACUCGGAACAUAUGUCAGACGUUUACCCCCAGUACGUCCAAGCACUCACGCACAUCCGACCGGGCGAUAAUGCUUCACAAAGUGGCGUGGUUAUGGUGUCCAGCGUGGAAAGCAUGCCGGUGCAGGCAGCGGACCUGGACGGCUUUUACUGGGGCCGAAACCUGGUCUCGCCUGUGUUGUUUUCGGACGCGUUGAAAGAGCUCGUGCAACCAGCCGACGAACAGGGCGAUAUUGCAAUCGACCUACUUGUGGAAAUCGGGCCUCACAGUGCUUUGAAGCAAAGCGUCAAAGAGAUUCUUGGUGCAGCUUCGGUUCAAGGCGUCCAAUACCUGUCUUCGCUUUCGCGCGGCAUGGACGACCAGGACAUGGUACUAUCUUUGGCAGGCAACUUGUUUGUCGCCGGUGUCCCCGUGGAUUUGGCCAAGGUCAACGACGACCCAGGCGCAGUGUUGCUCACAAACCUUCCACCGUACCCAUGGCUGCAUACGGCAAAAUUUGAUGCCACCCCUCGCGUGAGUCGGGAACAUAACAUGCGCCCACAUCCUCAAAGCAGCCUUUUGGGUGCCCUCAUGCCGUCUAUGACCCCAGGAGAACAUGUUUGGCGAGGUUAUCUUCACCUCGACCAGGAAAAUUGGGUCCGUGAUCAUAAAGUCACCGGGGUCGUGAUAUAUCCCGGAGCUGGCCUGAUUGCCAUGGCUUUGGAAGCAGGCUGCCAAUUGGCAGAACCCGGACGCAAAAUGCGAAGCAUCAAGCUGCGCGACGUAACUAUUGCUUCGGCGGCCAUGGUCUCUCUCGACAAGGCCACCGAGUUUGUGGUACAUUGCAGGCCUCACCAGUUGGGCACGAAAACCUCGGGCCCGGCCGCGUGGCAGGAGUUUACCAUUUCGUCGUCUGGUGGUCCAGAUAUACCGCUGCGUGAGAAUUGCACCGGUCUUAUGCGGGUCGAGUACUACUUGGAUGGCGACUUGGAAACCAUGGCGAAACGCGAGGAGAAUGCUGCCGUGGUCUCCUCUCUCGCCAAAUAUAGAACCGCAAUGGACGCAUGCGAAUACGAUUUGCCUGUUGACCAGUUUUACCAGGACUUUGCCAACGUCGGUCUCGCGGUCGGGCCGGCAUUCCGCAACGUAAAGAAACUCCGUUUCCGACCGGGUCAGGCCGUAUACGAGGCCUCUAUUGGUGACCCAGGAGAGACUUUCGACACAGGCCGCCCCGGACGGCCACAUCUGAUCCACCCAACCACCCUAGACUCCAUUCUGUCCACCCCUUUUGCGGCGUAUUAUGGGGGUCCGGGGGCACCUCCCACAAAGCCGUAUAUCCCGGUCUGCUUCCAAGAACUGGAGAUUUCUGCAGACAUGCCGUUCGAGACUGGGACACCCUUGCGUGGGUGUUCAACUGCAACCAAAUAUGCCGUCAACGAUCUCGAGUCGGAUAUGUACGUUUUUGAUGAUGCAUCGACUGAUUGCUACCUGAAGAUUCGCGGGUACCGCGCCACGAGCGAUAUAGCGUCUGAUGCAGACGUCGAGGAGGAAACCCAAGUGCCGGGACUAUGCUACCAGACGCGGCAGGAGGCUUCUUUUAAGCUUCUGACGAAGGAGCAGCUGGAAACGAUCAUCACAAAUUCCGGUCUGACGUCCGAUGAAAAGCUGCAAAAGGUUGCGCGAAUGAUACUGCACGAGUCACCUACGACCGUGCUUGAGGUUUUUGCCGAAAACCCCAAGGACUCGAGCGUCAGUUUAAUAACGAAGAAUGUCGCUUUGAGUCCGUCACAGCAAAUCAUGUACGCCGUUACGGGAGGCUCACCGGCUGGCUCUGGGAAAGACUUUAUGGAGCUCAAACCCGGGAGCAAGCCAGACAAGACCUUUGACCUCGUCGUUGCAGGGCAAAACUGCAGUGAAUGGUUCAAGAACCAAUCUAGUCUUGAGACCCUCUUGGGUCAUGUCAAGCCAGGCGGACGUUUAAUCUGCGGGUUUCCAUUGUCACUCGACGGCAAAGUCGACCUCUUUUCGGACGACACAGGCUCAAUUGCUAUCUUCACAGCCCCUGAAGUCACAAAUGGACAUACGAAUGGAGACCUCGAGCAUCUCCAAGAGGUUCUCAUCAUCGAGCCAGCCACAGCGAGCGCCGCUGUUACAUCAUUUUCCAGCGACUUGGUAUCCAUGGUCAGCAGCCAAGGAUAUAAAGCACACAUCGUCACCUGGAAACCGGACUUGGGCCCGGACACAUUUUCAAACAAAGCAAUUGUCAGCCUUUUGGAGCUAGAGACCCCUUGUAUGGACAAGCUGUCGCAGCUAGACUUUGCCGCUGUCAAGAAUCUCCUGGUAAAAGCUACCAGUCUUGUUUGGAUCACCGGUUUCGAGGGGCCAUCCGCGUUUGUUAUUGACGGCGUCCUGCGUGUAGUCCGGCGGGAGCUUGGCAAUGAGAGUUUGAAAGCCUUACACCUACGCAGCCUAGCAAACGGGCCAGCCCUGGCUACCAAGGUUCUGUUCGGCUCCAGUGUCGAUAACGAGUUCCUCGAAGAGGACGGGCUACUUAAAGUCAGCAGAGUGUAUGAAGACAAGGAGUUUUGUAACCAGGUCUCCUCCCACGCCGGCACCGCUCCGCACAUGGAAUCCAUCAAAGACUGCGAGUUUCCAUUGUGCCUAGGAAUAUCCAAGCCUGGUCUGCUCGACACGCUACGCUUCGCACCCACAAAAAGCUAUGGAAAGCUGCAAGACGACGAGGUUGAGAUCCAGAUUCAAGCAUCCGGGUUGAACUUCCGGGAUGUUAUGAUCUCGAUGGGUAUAAUCACUUACCCGUACCUGGGAUACGAAGGUGCGGGUGUCGUGCUCAGAACAGGAAGCAAGGUGACGGGCAUAAAACCAGGCGACCGUGUCAGCGCCCACAUUCUAGGCUCGCACGCCAAUGUAGCGCGCACGCCCGAGAUACUGUGCGCCCAAAUGCCUGAUGAUAUGUCCUUCGAAACCGGUGCGGCGUUGCCCGUCGUCUUCACCACCGCGUACCACGCCCUGGUUAACCUGGCCCGUUUGCGAAAGGGACAGUCGGUGCUGAUCCACGCUGCAGCUGGCGGGGUUGGCCAGGCAGCCAUUCAAAUCGCUCGCCAUCUGGGCCUGGAGAUCUACGCUACCGUGGGAUCUGCCGAAAAACGGAAAUUCAUCACCAAAACGUACAACAUUCCCGAGGAGCGCAUAUUUAGCUCCCGCAACGCUAGCUUCGUUACGGGGCUGAAACGCCUCACCGGCGGUCGUGGGGUAAACUGCGUGCUUAAUUCACUUUCCGGAGAGCUUCUCCGUCAAUCUUUGUAUUGCCUCGCCCCUUUGGGCACAUUUGUCGAACUGGGCAGCCGUGACGUUGGCGAAAACACAAGGCUCGACAUGGCGCCGUUUGCCAACGGUAUUACCUUUACCUGCUUUACCCUGCUCGAAAUCCUCAACAGCGACCCGGAUCUCAUGUCCGAAAUAUGGCGCAACACAUUCCAUCUCAUCCGCAGCGGCGCCCUUAGCGCCCCAACCCCGUUAACCGUAAUGCCCGUGGACCACAUUAAAGAUGCUUUCCGGCUGAUGCAGAGCGGUAAACACCGCGGUAAAAUCGUACUGUCUUUCGACAGCAACGGCAAGGUACCGAUCGUCCUGGAACCCAGUGUCGCGUUGCGAUUAAAUGCGACCAGCACGUACCUGCUCGUUGGUGGAUUGGGAGGGCUCGGCAGGUCGUUGGCCAACAUGCUGGUGGCCUCUGGCGCUCGCAAUAUUGCUUUCAUUUCGCGCUCGGGGGCCGUAAACCCCGAGGCCAAAGCAGUAGUCGACGCUCUUUCCGCCCACGCGGCCGUCCGCGCCUAUGCCGCCGACGUCGCCGACCCAACGGCGCUGGCCAAAGCCCUUGAACGCUGCAGCCAGGAUUUGCCGCCAAUUAGAGGUGUUUUCCAGAUGUCCAUGGUCCUCCGCGACGGUAUAUUUGAGAAAAUGACCCACGAGGAGUGGACCGACGCCAUUGAGCCCAAAAUCGACGGUACACGCAACUUGCAUCAUUAUUUCGGCCCGGAGCGACCGCUCGAUUUUUUCAUCAUGUGCUCGUCCAUUUCGGGAAUUAUUGGCAACCGAGGCCAGGCCAACUACGCGGCUGGAAACUUGUUCCAAAACGCACUCGCCCACCACCGGCGAGCGUUAGGUAUGGCAGGGUGCGCCGUCGACCUCGGUAUCAUGCGCGAUGUCGGCGUGCUGGCCGAGACCGGAGCUACAGGUGAUUUGGUCGCGUGGGAGCAGCUCCUAGGUAUUCGAGAGCCGGUGUUCUUGGCGCUGAUGAAGGCAGCCAUCAACGGAGAGCGGCGCCGGGGCACUUUCCCGGCGCAAGUCAGCGUGGGUCUCGCCACGGCCGCCGCCUUCGAGAACGCCGGCUUGGAUGUGCCCAACUGGCUGGUUGAGGACGUGCGGUUUAGCCACUUGGCGGCAGUGCGAUCGAACACUGCCUCCAACUCUUCAGAUAACCCGGCCAAGGUUAGAGCCGUCACCAUGGCACAGAGGCUGGCCACAGUCGAGUCCAAGGAAGAGGCGGUGUCGGUCUUGAUCGACGGGUUAGUGGAUAAAAUUUCAGUCAUCGUGUCAAUGCCUGCCUCCGAGGUUGAUCCCAGCCGGCCUUUGUUCAUGUACGGAGUGGAUUCACUUGUGGCUAUGGAGAUUCGGAAUUGGAUCCAGAGGGAUGUCAAGUCUGACAUUGCCCUUUUUGAUGUUUUGGAAGCGGUUCCCAUAACCAAGUUUGCCGAAAAGGUGGCUUUGAGAAGCAGGUUGUGUCAGUUUAACAAACAAAUAUAG